UCCUUCUCUGCUCCCUCUUUUUUUCAAAACUCCCAAACACAGCAUUAAAGACCCUCCGUUUUUUUCAGGUCAGGGAAGUGCGUUGCUGCGAGAGAAAUGGCAGAAGCAAGUGCCCUUCGCAGUCGAAUCGAAGAAAUUCAAAAGCUUUCCAAUGACGAGGAGUUAGAUGAUUCGAACUUAUAUCCUUUAAUCGAAGAAUGCGCUCUUCAUGUUCAGACCAGAGUUCACCAGGCUCUUGCGGAGUCCUCGGAUUUGGCUUUCUUGCCUCAACAAGAUUUCGAUGCUUGCAUGGAGCAUUUGAAAGAUGAAUUGAACAAGGUGGAGGCUGAAGGCACAAAUGAAGCAAAAGAAAUAGAGCUUCUUAUUGAGAAACAUAAUUAUGAUUAUAAUCUCUUACAGGCCAAGUGUGAACAGAUCAGAUGUUCAUUAGAUUAUGUUACAUCAAAGGAUCAGACGACAGAAGAGAAUAGUGAAGCUAUUGAUUCGUCUAUGCUUGCAGAUGAUCAUACAACUAUAACUGUCGCAAAUCUGGACAAUUACUUAGAGUAUUUACAACUUGAGGAUGAGAUUCAUGAAAUGAAGUCAGUUGUAGAGUCAUUGGAGGAUCUCCAGUCUAAGUUCAAAUGGUUUGACGCUAUCGACCAGAUUGAGGAUGCAUUAACAGGUCUUAAAGUGCUUGCAUUUGAGGACAACAGCAUUAGGUUGUCGUUACGGACUUAUAUGCCAAAAUUAGAGGAUCUUUCAUGCCUAUCGAGAGUUCACGAUACCUUUGAUGUAUCUGAGCUCAGUCAUGAGUUAUUAAUUGAAGUUUUUGAGAAGACUUUGAAGUUAAAGAAUGUUCAGCUCUUUCCAAACAACGUACAUGUGAGUGACAUUGUUGAUUAUGCUAAGACUGUCAGUAAGUCGUCAUUGCAACGGUUUAUAACAAAAUUGCAAGAUAGAAUAAUACUGAGCACACUUAGGUCUCUUGUUGUAAAGGAUGCUAAUAAAUCGAGACACAUGCUUGAAUACUUGGACAAAGAUGAGAUGAUUGUAGCUCACAUUGCUGGUGGAAUUGAUGCAUACAUAAAGCUGCCUGAUGGUUGGCCGAUAUUUGCUUCUCCGUUGACACUGAUAUCUGUCAAGAGAUCAGAUAGUUGGAACAGAACUUCUCUAAGUUUUCAUGCAAAUGUUGAGAAGUUCGCUAACUCAUUAGAUGAUGAUGUUCGCCAAAAUAUAUUGAGCUUUGCUGAUGCUGUUGAAAGGAUACUUAAAGAACAGUUGCAGUUGGAUCUUCAAGCCAGUGAUAGUUCUAUUCAGCCUAAGGAUAUCCGCGUCUGAUUAUGUGAUGCUUAAAUUCAUUUUCUUCUUUGUUGAAGCAAAUGGUAACUCAUUAGAUAUGUGAUGCUCAUGUUACUUAGAUAUUUUAGGUCUUAAUUUCUUAGAAAAUGUAUAAUUUUCCUGUGUACUUUUCAAUAUGUUUGGUUCUAAAACGAUACACAUGGUUUUUACAAUGCAAUGUCACUAGUAUUAUUACAGAUGAUAGGAAAUUAGGAAUUUUAGAGUACUUUAGAAGAUAGUCUUCAAACUGAUCUAAUCCACAAGACUGUUUGGAACAACUUGUGUAGCAACAUUAUUAACUUGAGAAGUUGGUAGAGCUACUAUUUUUCGCUUGUUUUCUCGUGAUGGAACAUUUUCCAGAAGAACAACUAUCCCUUGUACUCUCUAUUAACGUUGUC